AUGUCCCUCCUCGAGACGAAGCGCAAACUGGAGGGCGACCACAAUGAACAGCCCCGGAAGUAUGGCUCUGGGGGAACGGGGUCUUGGCUGCCGGCGAUACGGUCGCAACCAAGUUCACGACGGGCGAGUGAACAGGUAGAGGGUUAUGGCGACCCCUAUACGAUCGCAACUUCGUUGCGGGAAUUGCAGUCUAACCGCGGCUCACCGGUUCUCUUCGACAAUGGGCUUUUGCAGACCCCCCGCAACUUCACUCCCAAGUCAUCGAUCGUCCUUAUCGGUAUUCGAGGCACCGGAAAGUCCAGCCUGGCCGUUAUUCUUGCGGCUACCUCUGGCCGCCGCCUGAUCGACUCCGAUCGAUAUUUUCACCAGGUCACUGGGUGUUCCCGCGCUGCGUUCAAGAGGGAUAACGAUCAUGCGGUGUACAGACAACAGGAAGCGCGGGUGUUCGAGUCAAUGCUUUCAGAUAAUCAGGAAGGAUGUGUUAUUGCUUGCGGAGCAGGGUCAAUGGAGCGCAGUGGCCAGAGGCUGCUGAGGGAAUAUGCGCAGACACAUCCUGUCAUUCACGUCAUCCGAGAUCCACAAAGCAUUCAGACCUAUCUCAAAGCGUGGGAUAUUCAAAAAGUGCGACACUUCCUGGAGCUAUCUGGACCGAUCUAUCGAGGCUGUUCAAAUCUGGAAUUUUUCAACCUCUCGGAGACCAUCAACCGCAGCGCUGGACAAAUGGUCAAGGACGGCUAUGAGCCAUCACCGGAACCCAAAAACGACUCGCGCGCGCAAACGCCGACACCUUUCCUGACUCUGAAAAGAGUACAGCGUGAUUUCCUUAGCUUCAUCGCUUUUGUGACUGGCGAUCGUACAGAGAUGAGCCGCCAGCAUGCCUCGUUCCCGUUGUCAUUAUUGCCUGUCGAGACUCGACGAAAUACAUUGGCGCUUUCAGUCCCAUUUUCCGCUCUUUAUGAGCGGGACUUGGAUAUUGAAGAGCUUGAAUUUACUGUGGAUGCCUUUGAACUCGUCAUUGAUGUUACAAGCCCCUCCGGUCAGCCUGGCGCUGAUUCGAACCUGGCUGAUAGGAUCAGUCAGGUGGCGGCAACGAUACGUCGCAAUAUCAUUGUGCCGUUGAUGUACCACGUCGAAAGCUAUAUCACACCUGGAGGUUCUCUCUCGCCUGGUCAGAAAAUUCGCAUGAGCGAUGAGAAUUAUCUUACCCUUGUCCGACAUGGCUUGCGGCUUGGUCCCAGUUUCCUGUCUGUUGACCUGACUCGUGACGAUACCUUGCUAUCUCAAGUCAUCAGGUGUAGGGGAACAACCAAGAUAAUUGGCCAUUUCGAGGCUUUCCAACCUCUUCCUGGUGGCUGGGAUGGAGUAGAAUACAUGAACAUCUACGAGAGAGCGAAACGGCUCGGAUGCAAUGUGGUGCGAAUAUGCCAGCCAGCCGAAACAAUGGAAGACAACUCGGCUGUGCAAAGAUUCCGACAUCGAAUCGAGAACCUUCCAGUGGCCAACCUUCCACUCAUCGCCUACAACACCGGCCCUCUUGGUCGUAUGUCUCGCUGCUUCAAUCCCAUCCUCACACCCGUCACACACCCGUCCUUCAUGUCCGAAACACCCACCCAACUAUGCCCUACUAUCACCGCCCGUGACGCACAACAAGCACUUUUCAGUUCCUUUGCCUUGGAUCCAAUGCAGUACUUUCUCUUUGGCGCCAAUGUCAACUACAGUAUGUCACCUGCGAUGCACAACACCGCAUUCCGGGUCUGCGGGAUGCCCCAUCGCUAUACGAUCUUCCAAUGUCCCGAAUUACGCGGCUUGAAUGAGCUGGUGGAAAAUCCGUACUUUGGAGGCUCCAGUGUCAGUCUUCCUUACAAGACAGAGGUUAUCCCACUCCUUCAUUCCAUGUCACCACAUGCCCGAGCAAUCGGCGCCGUCAACACACUCAUCCCUAUCCGCAACAACGAUAUCUCUGAUCCCCGCCUCUCGGAGGAAUCCUCUAUCCACCUCGAAAAAACCCGUGCUGGCCCAGUCAAAGGUCUACAUGGAGACAACACUGAUUGGAUUGGAAUCUGCAAUUGUAUUCGCCGUGGACUUUCUCCAGCAAACGCCGUGCGCCCAUCCUCUACUGGCCUUGUCAUUGGAUCUGGUGGUAUGGCUCGUGCUGCUAUCUACUCCAUGAUUCACCUUGGCGUGCAAAAUAUCCUUGUCUAUAACCGGACACUUGCCAAUGCCAAGAAGCUGGCCGAUCAUUACAACCGGCAAAACUUGGUGUCUAAUGAACGAAGCCCAGGUCGACACCCACGAGUCAGCACACUCGAUUCGUUGGAUGAGCCAUGGCCAGUGGCCUAUAAGCAACCAACGAUUAUUGUGUCCGGUAUUCCAGCUCACAGUCUUGGUGGUGAACCCGCGCCUAACUUUAAUGUACCAACGCAAUGGCUCGAGAGUCCGACAGGUGGUGUCGUCGUCGAUCUGGCCUAUAAACCCCUGAACACACCCCUCAUGAAACAGAUUCGAGCCCUGUCCCACCGGGGCUGGGUAGCAUUGGACGGUCUCGAUGUUCUCCCCGAGCAAGGCUUUGCCCAAUUUGAGCUGUUUACUGGCCGCCGUGCGCCCCGCCGACUCAUGCGUACCAUUGUGCUUCAAGAAUAUGAGGAUGAUGAAGCACAUGAUGACCGCAAUGCCAUCCAAUACAGACUACGGAACCUUGAUGGGCAACCUACUUGAAGGUAAAUACCUCCCAAGCACCUGGCAAAUACAAGACAUGCCCCUGCUCUUUCGGGACUCUGCGAAGCCACUGUGGAUCCCAUAGAGAGAUCUGCAGCCGGAGCAUCGAUGCUGAAUUGGUGCAUCACCUCGUAUAUAACCCCGCUUUGGGGUUCUCCCCGACUACUGUAUCGGCACCAUCGGCGGGUCUCAUGGCAGUGGGGUCGUUGAUCCUCGUCGAUCGAAGAUCAACAAUGGAUCCAUCGGCGCGAUCCGAAUCCGUCUGUCUGCUGCUGGCCAAUCAUUGUGGGAUUAGGCUCCCCUUGAUGAGCAAUGACUAUGAGAACUAUAACCUAGCUGUUAGGAAUGAUGAACGACUCAAAAAAAUAGAAAACUAUAACUGUG